AUGCCAAAGAAAAAGAAGAGUCUUGGCGUGAGCCCCUCCAGAAAGCGCACAAACUCAGAAACAAUUGCUGCUACUGGCUUGGCUCCCUCCCCAGUAGAUGCUUCAAUGUCGCAAACACCACAUGGGGUCAAUAAAGAAGAACUCUUCAGCAGCCUAUCAGAAAUGUUUUCUGACUUGGAUCCUACUGUCAUUUACAUGGUGCUGUCUGAGUGUGAUUUCAGAGUGGAAAACACGAUGGAUUAUCUGCUAGAAUUGUCCACUGCUGCUAAGCGGGUAACAUCUUCGUCCAAAGUCUCAGGUUUUGAUUCCAUUUCUGCGUCACUGUUUGUUGAAAAUCAGCCAAGCGUUGUUGCUAAUGAAACAGAGGACCAAAAUUCUUCUGAAAUAAAAACUGUGAAGUGGAAUGACGAAUUGGAGAAGUUUCAAUCAUCUGGAGAACUGGUUUAUUUACUACAUAAUUCUUUUGAGGAACAUUAUCUCAAUAGUGAAUUGAAGGAUCUGAAAAAUGACCAAGUCUCAGGUACUUUGUAUGCAGCUUUGGACAUUGGUGGUUCGAGUUGUGUUAAGAAGUUAUCUGAAUGUGCAAAGUCCAGUUUGGGCUAUAAUGCUGUAGUUUCUUCCCAACAAAUGGAAGCAGACAAUGAAAAAAUGGAGAACUUCCUACCCGCUUUAAAUCCUGAUUACUAUAAAAUCUCUGAACCUGCUUUAGGAAAGUCCAACAUUCAGGCAAACAACCCAUUGGAUGACAUGGCGAUCUUUGCACAAAUCCCAGAGAACUGCAGUUUGCCAGAAGUAGUACUAGACAGCAAUGCAGUUCCAGAAACUAUUACACAAGCCAGUGUGGAAGCGUCUUUUGUUAAUCCAGACGAGAUACAGAAUGCUGUGUUGGACCGCACAGUGAUACAUCGCAUGCCUACUCAACUCUGUCAGGGAAUUAGUAAAUCUGAAGUGAGUGCUUUUGACAGUUCAGGUUCCUGUGAUACUAAAAAAAAGGAAAAUGCAGCAGUUGUUUGUUAUGAUCCUAAAAAUAUUUCUGUUCCUGACCUGUGCCCAGUAGCCAGUUUUCAAUUGCCCCCCCUAGUGAAUGUUGACCAGUCUCAACAGGCAUGGAAUUCACAUAUUUCUGUUCUUCAGAAACACUGUCAGGAGUCUGCCUGGAAUCUAAUGGCUCCUGCCUUUUAUCCACAAAGUCAUAGUUUUGUAACACCAGUUGCAAUCAGCCCUGGACACUGGAGGCCUACUUCAAAUUAUAGGACUUUUGGAAAAAUAGACUCCUCGCAAGAAUCUUCACGGUGCUGGAGUAUCUACUCUUCUUUGGUGAAGACCUUGGGAAAUAAUGAUGAAAGCCAAAACACGAGUCUUUCUCAAGUGCAUCAGCUUUCUGUUUCUCCCGUGAGAAGAAAGACGCCUUUUGCGGAUCAUGUGCUUGUUCUUCUCAGAGGAGUUCCAGGAUCUGGAAAAUCAUAUUUAGCAAGGUCUUUGCUUGAGGAUAAUCCUGGUGGAAUUAUUCUUAGUACAGAUGACUAUUUUUAUAAAGAAAGUGGACAAUACCAGUUUGAUGCUGAUCGCUUAUCAGAGGCACAUGAGUGGAACUGGAAACGUGCCAAAGAAGAAUUCGAAAAAAAGGUCACUCCUAUAAUAAUAGACAACACAAACAUACAGGCUUGGGAGAUGAAGCCUUAUGUUACUUUGUCACAGCAACACAAAUAUAAAGUUAUAUUUCGUGAACCGGAUACUUGGUGGAAGUUUAAACCAAAAGAACUUGAAAGGCGAAAUAUUCAUGGAGUAUCUAAAGAAAAGAUCAAGAAAAUGUUGGAGCGAUAUGAACGUUGCCUGACUGUUAAUUCAAUUUUGAAUUCUUCAAUGCCAACUGAAUCAAAAAGUGCAACCUUUGAAGAAGUUCUUCAUCAAAAAAAGGGACAGGGGAAGGAAGAUACACUGCCUUAUGGGGCAAGGGAACCUUUUGCUUCACCUUCAAAAUGCACAGAAUUGAGCCCAGGCGAGAAGAACGUGUUAGAGGGAGAUGCACUGGAAAACCAGAAUCUUCAGAAUGAAAAGAGAGAAAUUGGACAUAAAUUAUUAGAAAGUCAUUCUGAAUGUACUGUCCCUCUGGAUGACUUGGAUAUUUAUGCAUCACCCCCAGGAAUUGACCAAAUGGAGCCUAUUCUUGAAUUGGAAAUAAUUAAAGCUGACCUUGAAAACUCUGAGGAUUGCACAUAUUCACAAUGCGAUGUCGGAAAUGUUCAGGAGUACAAUAACAAGGAUUUAGAUGGUCAAGCUGAAGCAAAUCAGUGUAGUGAAGUAUUAUCAGAAAUAGAAUUAACUGAGACAAGAACCAAAAACAAGGAAGGUUCUGGUUUAGAGAAAUCAGAAAGGCCAGAGAUACUAAAUUUUGUGGGAGACUGGCCAGUAGAACAGACUAUGGGGCAGAGGCUGAAAAGAGCAAAAAGGUUAGGGAAACUCACCAUAAAGAAUGAUGAAGAAGAUAAAGGAAUAAAUAUGCCCUUUCUUGACUCAUUAAAGAAUUUAGAUAGAGAUGAAAACCUGCAUCUGAUUGAUAAUCAUAAGGAGCUGCAACAGGAAAACUGGCAGGAAGAUAAUAACCAGAUCUCUGUCUGUAUAUCCGGUGCUGAUUCAGAGGAAGAUGCAUCAAGAUCGUUUAAGGUAGGAGACUGGCCCACCCAAAGUUUUUUAGAGCAAAGGCAUCACAAAAUAAGAAUGCCCAAGAGAGGUCUUGGUGAAUCAGAAGAGGUUACAAGCGAUCAUUAUGAUACCAACAAAAGUGUCCUAAGCACAUUGGCUGUCUUUCCUGGAACAUCAAAAAGCAGUGAAGAGUUACAGGUUUCAUCAACGAGGGAAAGCAAUCAGGCACUUGAAAUCUCACCCUCUGAAACUGUUAGUGAGAAAAAGCCUUUGCAAAGUAAACGACCACGCAGGCAUCAUAAAUUAGCCCUAACGUUUACCAAUACUUUGGCCCCCAGCAAGCCAGAGGAACAUUUGUCCCUGUUUCGUUUGCUGGAAGAGAAGGCAGGUGAACAUAGCUCAGCAGAGGCAAGCCAGUUUUCACAGACGGAACCCAAAGAUUUUGCUCUCCUGUGGAGGCUUGAAAGAAAAAUGAUUGCUUCUGAGGAUACCAAGGUGUUAUAUGGUAGAUUGGAUGGAUUUAUACCCAAAGGGGUUGAUGCUGCUCCAGAUUGUACAGAAAAAAUACCGUAUAAAGUCACCUAUGAUAAAAGCACAUAUGUGGAAGAAAGUGAACUGGUCCAUAUUGAUGAAUCUGAGAACCUAAAUAUUUUGUGUAAACUCUUUGGGUCCUUUUCUUUUGAUGCACUUAAGGACCUCUAUGAAAGAUGUAACCGGGACAUUGACUGGACUACAGGAAUCUUGUUAGAUUCUGCUGAAAAGCUGUGUAAAGACGACGAUACUGGAUGUUUGCAGGAAGCAAUAGCUCAGCUCCCCGAUAUGGCUCUUGACUCCAAGGGAAACGCUAACUAUGAAGAGAGACUCUCAGAGUCUGCAAAUCCCAUCCAGAUAACCAGAACUUGUAGAAUUAUUCAGAACUCAGAAGAUGAGAAUUUCUCACUUAAUGAUGACAGGAAAACUCUGGAUGCCAGGUUAAGUGCUGAGAUACCCAACUUACUAAUGAAUGAUUUGUUUGUUUCUUCAGUAGAAAAUAAAAUUUUCAAUCAUGAUGUUCCAAGCAGUCAUGCAAGUGAAUUGCAUAACGAAGAAUCUGUUUUAGGUACUCUGAAAACACAGACAAAAGAAAUAACCCCUGCUAUACUAUUAGAAAAGGAUCAUCAGAGUACUGUUUUGAACGCUGAAAUUGACUUUUGUGCUCCAGCAACUGUACGUGAUUGUUUAAAUGGAGGUCCCACCACUGUGAGAAAUACUUCUGAGACUGGAACAGGAAACAGAACUUCAGAGGAACAUCAAGAGUGUUCAGAAACAAAAGGGGUGGCUGCUCAGGCACUGCUGGCAAAUUCAGUACUUCUGAAGGGCGAUGUGAAAAUUGAAAGCAAAUCCAAGUCCUACGAAGAAUUUAAUUGUAAGCCUGUGUCUUCUGUUGUAGCAAAAAAUGAAGAAAGCAAAACGCCUCGCCAAAAUGACUGUAGAACCCAGUUACUGAACCCCAUAUCUGUAUCACAAUCUGUGAACAUAGAUUGCCUGGAGCUGGUCUUACCUCCUGAACUAGCUAUUCAGUUAAAUGAAAUAUUUGGACCUGUUGGUAUUGAUUCAGAAUCGUUAACCAACGAAGAUUAUGUAGUUCAUAUUGAUCUGAGUUUGGCCAAAGAAAUUCAUGAAAAAUGGAAAGUAUCUAUUAUGAAACGGCAGAAGAGAGAAGAAUGGCAUAAGCUGCUUGUUGAAGAUCCUGCGCAGUUUGAGCAAUUCUACCUACAGGAUGUGAACAACGUCCUUCCUCAGCACACAAACCCUCAAAUACAAAAGAAUGGUUCCUUCGCCUCUUUCCCACCUACAGAAAGCACAGCAGCUUCAGAAGUUUUUCCCUUCAUGGAUCACUGGAAUGUCCAGACACAGAAAGUGUCACUCCGGGAAAUAAUGUCUGAAGAAAUUGCUUUACAAGAAAAACAGGAUCUGAAACGUUUUCCCUUUAUGGCUACGAAAGACUGUGCUGCCAUCCUGAAGGAGAAGCAACUACUGGAGAUGUUCCCAACCAUUAGCCCUAACUUCUUAAUGGACAUCUUCAAGGACCACAAUUAUUCUUUGGAACAAACGGUCCAGUUUCUGAACUGUGUCCUGGAGGCAGACCCAGUAAAAACAGUUGUAGCCAAAGAAACAGCUCAGGGUACCACUCUCUCUUCUUACAGUGUUUCAAAGAGCCGAGAUAAAAAGGCCAAAAAGUGCAAGGAGUCAGAUGACAUCCUCUCUGAUAAGAAAUUCCAAGAUUUCAGAUACCCAGGAUAUGAUGACUUCCGGGCAGAGGCUUUUCUUCACCAGAACGAAUGGCAAGAGUGUUUGAGAAAAGCAGGGGAGGCAUAUCGCAUGGGGAUGAAGCCGGUAGCAGCAUUUUAUGUACAACGGGGCCGCCUCCAUGAGCAGAAGAUGAAAGAAGCAAACCAUGAUGCUGCUGUACAAAUCUUUGAGACAGUGAAUGCCUCCUUGCUGCCUGAAAAUCUUUUGGAUCUGCAUGGUCUUCAUGUGGAUGAAGCUUUGGACCAUUUGUCCAGAGUACUGCUGGAGAAGACAGAAGAAUGCAGCCAGGCUGGUGGUAAACCAUAUCUCUACGUGAUCACAGGAAAGGGAAACCACAGCCAGGGAGGGGUUGCUCGCAUCAAACCAGCUGUCAUUAAGUACCUUGGAAGCCACAAAUUCAGGUUCACAGAAAUCAAGCCAGGCUGCUUGAAAGUCAUGCUGAAGUAA